AUGCAGCCCCCUCUUGUCAUGAGAAUACUUGCUGCCUCUGUGUCUUUAGCCGAUAAGGCCUGUUUUUUGAUUCGUGCGGUAUAUGAUUCCAAAGACUUGGCCAUUAUCGACAAAGGAGUUGACGAUUUGCAAUCCAGAGCUGAUCGAGAUUCUCAACGGUGCAUAGUACAAUCCUUGAACGAGACCUUCCCGGGUCUUCAUGUUAUUGGCGAAGAAGGUGAUCUGGAUCCUGGAGAUCUAUCUACGUCCACUGAGUUGAACUCAACUGUUCUUGAACACCACUGUCCUCCAGAACUAAAAGAUUUGUCACUGGAGGAUAUUGUAGUUUGGGUGGAUCCACUGGAUGGUACAAAGGAAUUUACUGAAGGCCUUGUUGAGUUUGUUACAGUUCUUAUCGGAAUUUCGAUUGCUGGAAAGCCUGUGGGUGGUGUUAUCGCUCAACCCUUUUACAAAGCCAAUACAACUGAGCCUCACUACACGACUCGAAUCGUUUGGGGACUUGUAGGUCUGGGUGUGUUUGGCAUAAAUCCUCUGGUACCUUCUUCAAAAUUGCCAUAUCCAGUCAACCAAAAUGCCCAAAAACUUACUUCACCUCAUAUUAUUGUGGUUACUCGAUCCCAUCGCUCUACUACUCAGGAUUUUGUCGACGGAGCAUUCUAUCCCACUGAAGUAUGUUCAACACUUUUACAUAUCACAUAGUUCUCAAAUAUUUGAUAUUGAUCUGUAAUUGUGGGUGUAAAAUGCUUUGUAUCGCUCUUAAAAUCAAAUAAUCUAUUAAACUCUACCCUGGGAGUUGAAAGGUCUUCAUUUUGAAGAGUUAUAAAGCCUCAUAUUGGGAGCCGAAAUUCUUUGCAAUUCACGAGGCUGAUACUCUUCUAACAACCAGAGAAACAGUUUUUAUAGGUACAUGGAACGUUC